AUGAGCUCACCAACGCCCGACGGGACCGGAGGAUCUGGAGUUAUCGGGCCUCCCACGCCCGACCAGGACCAUGGAGAUCAAGGCCCCAACAUGAUAGCGGCCGCUUUCACAGCAUGGACCAUUUCUCUUGUCUUUGUUCUGCUGAGGUUUUGGACGCGCGCCAGAAUCGUUCACAGCCUUGGUCCGACGGAUUGGUUUAUUGCUUUGGCGCUUAUCGCUUCAGGAGGGAUGUGCGUCAGCGCAGUAGAACAAUGUAAACAUGGUAUGGGCAAGCACAUGUAUGACAUUGACAUGCACGUCGACUACGCCCCCAUGAUGGAGGCAUGGUGGUUUACGCUGCUCUGCUACAUCCUCGCCCUAGCACUCACCAAAGUCUCCGUCUGCCUGCUCUACCUCACCAUUUUCACCUUCGAGUGGGCACGGAGAGCCUGCUACGCCAUUCUUGUGAUCGUCGUCACGGCCAACAUCUGGGCGACCGCGACCACCUUUACCUAUUGCAUCCCGUUAGAGGCGGCCUGGAACCCGAACGUUGUGGCUUCGUUCUGCCAACCUCAGGCCGCAUGGUGGGUCAAUACCGGGCUCACACUCGCAACCGACAUCAUAAUCGUCAUCCUCCCCAUCCCCAUCGUCCUCCCGCUCAAACUCCCCCGCCGCCAAAAGCUCAUCGUAGUCGGCAUCUUCGCAGUCGGUUUUCUCGUCUGCCUCGUCUCCCUCAUCCGCCUCGCCAUCCUCCUCCAGUUCAAGUCGGACGAGUCCUCCUCCGCUCCGGAUGCCUUCGACUUCACCUACCACAGCGCCAAGCUGUUCUACUGCACCACGCUCGAGGUCAACACGGCCAUCGUCGUCGCCUGCGCCAUGACCCUCAAGCCGCUGCUCGCCCGCUUCCUGCCCAGACUCCUGCAUCAUCAUCAUCAGUCAGCCAAGCCUGGCGAAGAAGAUCCAAGCGCCGUCAGCAGCGGCGGGCCGCCGUUGACGAUCGGGUCGCGGCCGUCGAGGCAAAAGCAGCAGGCUCAGUCUCAGGGUUAUCACCGUCCGCAAGCGGUUGUGGUCGUGGUGGAGGAGGAGUUGGUGGGUGAGGGUGAGGGU